AUGGAUCGCAUGUUGAAACUGCCACUUGGCGCGCUCCUACUCGUAUCAUGCGCCCUCAAUGCCUCAGCGCAUGGCGGCAACGAGCAUGCGCAAGUAGAAGUAGCACCGGACGCCGACUGGGCGACGCGACAUAUGGCUGGUAUGAACUUCCCCGGAUUUCCGCGAUACGAAACACAUAACAAGGAGUUAAUGACUAACACAAUCGCAGAAGAGCACCAUAUCUCCGGCUACGACGCAGCUACCUUCUUCAACAUACACGACUACGACAGCACCGGUCUCUGGACUGCUGUCGACAUCCGACGAACCUACGGUCUCGAAGACCCCUCCAGCGCCUCCAUUUCCGAGACAAAGAAACAAAUGGUCGUCCAGACUAUCCUAGACAUGUUUGAUAUCAACAAAGAUGGUUCCAUCACUUUGGCUGAAUUCGUCCAAAAAGAUUCGGAGAACGUCAAGCUACCAGACUUUGGCAUGGGCCCAGGCCACCACGGUGAUGAUGAAUACGAGUACGAGAUCCACCAUUGGGAGAAGUACCAUAGUGGCGAUGACGUAAAAGAGGAGGAUCUGAACCACCCGGAGGAUAUCGCGCAUUUCAAGAUGCAUGAGGAGAAGGAGGCUGCGCAAGAAGAGUGGGAGAGGCUGGAGCUUAGGGGCGUCGUAGAGAAGAACAUUCCACAGAAAUAUAGGCGGAAUUGA